AUGAUCCCCGAGCAUCACACGCACGUGGUCCUCGUGGACGGUGGGAAGCGUGGCCAGGAUGCCUUCGGCACCGAGGUCGACAUGCGCGAGGCUCUCGAGAGAUAUGUGGCCACAGCAGUGAUGAGGGGCAAGCGCAGCCGGAGCUUUUGCCGCCUGAAUGAUCAAAGAGGAGUGGCCAAGAAAACCACGGGAUUCAAUCCACCUGCUUUGAGCAUGACACGCCUACCACCAGCACGAGAAGCAGCAACGGGUCUCACCACGAGCGAGUCUUGCGAGCUGCUCGGACUCAGCGCUGGGAAACUCGUCGAUGGCGUCAUGAUCGUGGUCAACGGUGGCCCAGUCUCGUUUACCUUGAUGGACAAGGCGAUCCAAAAUGGAUGCCCUGUAGUGGUUUGCAACAACAGUGGCCGCGCAGCUGAUUUCAUCGCAUCCUUGAAGCUCGGGGUUUUGACUGACUAUGAGGAAGCAUGGAAGAAGCACAUGACAGCGCCACCAGAUGUCAAGUCCGGAUUGAAGGGUGUUCGUUGCGGUGUCGAAGCCUUGGAACGCAUUGUCCGCAGCAGUUGCGUCAGUGUCUACACCACCAACGAUCGGCUGGAAGAUGUGAUUUUGGAGGCUUUGCGUGGUCAACAGGUAGCCCAAGACCACGAAGGGCAGGAGCUCCACAGCUCACUGGAAAGGCUUUUGGAGUUGGCUGUGCAGUGGAAUUGCGAGAAGCACUACGUGACUAUCGCGCGACGCUUGGUGGCAACGUGCGGCUUUCCCAAGGCUGCUCGUUUCAUCUUGCAGCAUUUCUGCAACGACUGGUCCGAGAAGGAGGUGGAAACCGCUCCGCUGAUGCGGUGGUUGGUGGCCACCUUCAUCGACUCCUUGAAGCGCUUGGACCUCAAUGAGUUGAGCCCCGGGAGUAUCCGCUGGAACAAGGCAGAGAUGCAGCUCCAAACCUUUGAGGUCUCCUCUUUGGCACACUUGUGGCUUUGCCUGGACUACCCCGCCCAUGGCGCUUUGGCGGCCGCGUCCGUGUGUCGCCACGCAGCGGAGCUGUACCAGCUGCAGGGGAGCUAUGGUGAGACAAUGGUGGGCAAUCGUCUCUUCAAGCGCGCCAAUCGCUUCGAGGCGGCCCGUUUCGCCAUGCCCCGUUUCCACCGCCGCGAUGUAGCGGCGGCGAUGUAUAGUGGGCGAUGGAAUGCGAUGGAUGUGGUCGACUAUCGGGCGAUGGCCAUUCGCUUGCUGGAGGGCACCUGGACCGGGAAGCGGAUGGCGGGAUUGGAUCGUGUGGAUCCCUUGGAGUACGUCUUUCGACGUUCGUGGCGCUGGGGAAACCACCACCUCAUCUCCUUGGCACAUCACCUGGAGUGCAAGGAAUUUGUCUCACAGCACUUUUACAACUCAGCAGUGGAUUUGCUUUGGGUGACGCCCACACCCUUCGCCGUUUUCGCGUUCGACAAAGAUGAUCAGCGGAGACAGGCGAACAAGGCUGAGGACGAGGUGCUGAUCUUCCUGCGGCUCUUCCAGCAACUCUUCAAUCCGAGCAGUUCGCGGCACCAGCUGAGUUUGAGGGACUUGAGCUCCAUCCCCAGGGUCAAGGCGCUCACGCACGGUGGUUCGAGAGUCACCUUUGUGCUUCUUUAUUCACACUUUGUCCUCUUUUCCACCGGGUACGAGGCCUGGCUGCUGAGCCUGGUGCUCUUCGUGUGGGGCAUCUCGUUGAGCCUCAUCGAGGCGUUGCAACUCCAAGCGAAGGGAUCGAUUGGUCAAUACAUGAAUAUUUGGAAUGGCUUGGACGUGCUUCUGAUCUUUACCUUGCUGAUCGGCCUCAUCCUUUGGUGGUGCCUGGUCCCUUGGGCCUUGUCUGAACAGACGGUGAACUCAGUGCACGCCCUGAACCUGCUGCCUUGCUAUGUUCGACUGCUACAGAUCUUUGAGCUCUCGGAAUACUUCGGAACCCUGCUCUUCACGGUCUUUGGCAUGGCACAGGAUACGACACAAUUCCUGGUGCUCCUGGGCAUCAUCUCAUUGGGCUUCAGUUGCUCUUUGACGCCCAUCCUAUACCCCACGCACCAAGCGCGAUGGAGCCAAGGCGUCACCUGGGGCUUCUGGGCCAUUUUCGGCGAUGUGAACCUGGAGGGCACGGAGGAAAACUUACCCUGGUCGUUGAAGAUUUGUGUGAGUUUCUUACAGUACCUCUUGUCGCUGGCUUCCAAUGUGCUGCUGGUGAACUUGCUGAUUGCCAUGUUGCCUCUUGGCGGACGACCAAGAAUGACACCUAUGUCCGGACGCCUCAGCCGGAGCGAGAUGUUCACAUCUUGCCGUGUGAUGUGUGAUUUCGACCUCCGCCCCGAAGCUUUGCACCACUUGGUGGCGAACAAGGACUCCUCGAAGCGAGAAUGGGCCUUCAACCGCGUGGAUGCCGUCUUAGAGUUCGCCUCCCCGGAGGCUCACAUCUUGCCUCCGCCCCUGGAUAUCCUGGUGUCCACAGUGCUUGCACAACUCUCAAGUGGGGGCAAGACCAAUCGUUUGUGCAACAGGACCAAGCAGGGGCAGCUUGGUGCCACCGUCAUAGAGGUGGACGUCCACUUUGAGUAUGUGUUGGGUUUGUCCUAUUGCCUGUCCAUCCGGCACUUAUGUGGAGCCAAGAAGCCGGUGAGCCGAAAGGAGGGACCGCGUUGGGGCGAUGCAGCUCACUGCUGCGUCUUGGCCAGCGUGGUGCCCUUGGGACCGCACGAGGUGCAGAUCACCAUCGACGUCAACGGGGGCGACAUCCAGGCAGCGGACUCUUCGCUCUUAGCCUGGGAGGACGUGUCGAUGCCGCCGGACGAGGUCAACGCUGUGGAGAAGAAGUGCCACUCCGCGGGGAAACAGCUGCUUACUGAGCGAGCAGCCAUGUCGGCUCUAACACCGGAACAGGUGCUGUUGUUGCGCCAUGGAGGCCACUCUGUUGGGGAGGAGUGGUGCCAGGUGAAGUUUCCUGCGAGAGGCGUGAGCGAGCAACAGAGCAAGCUGGUGAAGGCAUGUUUCCUGUAUGUGCAGAGCGGCACCUCUAAGCCAUUUUUUGGCUUGUUCGAAGUGCUCUUGGCAGAACUCCAUGAGAGGCUUGACCCGCCCAUUGGAACACAUGUGCCUUUGGCAGAGCCACGGGAAGUGGAGCAGGGUGUGGAAUGCUCUUCUUCCAGGUAUCGGACGACGAAGAGUGACCACCGUGCGUUGAAAGAGAAGCAGGUCCUGAUCUACCGAAACGUGGUCCUCAGCAAACCGUUGCGCUUCACCUUUGGUGGCAAAGUCUGCGGCAGCGGCUAUGAGACCAUUCGAGUGGACCUGGACCAGGAGCGCGCCGCGCACCGCUCCACGGGUUCGAGAGAUGUUCCACCAGGGGCUUCGAAUCAUAGGGGAAUCAAAGGUGGGAACUCCAUGAAAAAACAUGACAGGGAUUGGAUUCAAACCGUGCUUUAG